GUUUUUGGGAGCGCCUUCCUGCACCGCUGCCGCCAUGUCCUCGUUCUUCACCACGCCCGCCUCGCAGCGCAAGCGCAAGCGGCCCGACGCCAACUCGACCGUGCCCCGGAAGCGCAGCAUUCCCGCCGCCUCGCAGUCGAGAGCCCCCGCCCGCUCUGGGCGCGAGGAGUCCAUCACCGAGAGCGAGAGCUCCGACGGCGAGCGCGCAAAUGUCUCGGACGACGACGACGCCGCCUCGGAGACGUCGGACGACGAGGGCGAGACGGCGGCCGAGAAGCGUCUGCGAUUGGCGCAGCGCUACCUCGACAACAUCCGCGGCGAGGUCGAGGAAGAGGUCGGCUUCGACGCCGCGCAGAUUGACAAGGACCUGAUCGCAGAGAGGCUCAAGGAGGACGUUGCCGAGACCAAGGGCAAGAUCUACCGGAACAUUGCUGAAAAGCUGGACUUUGAGCAUGCGCCACACGUCUUUGGCAAGUCGGGGCUGCAAAAGGCCAUUACUGGCUGCGCCGUCCGGUUGCCGUACGCGUGGACGAUCAGCAAGGACCUGGUCGUCGAGAAGUGGGAGAUUGCAGACCCAGCCACGUACGCGGCAGACGCGCAGCGCGCCUCGAACGUGAGCCCGCGACGGACGCCCAAGAAGCUGUUCUGGCGAAAGGGCGACAAGAACAAGAAGGGCGAGAGGGACUACCUGGGCCACACGGGCGAGAUUGUCUCCGUGGCCGUCUCCGACUCUGGCAAAUACCUGGCAACCGGCGACAAGCACGCUCGCCUGAUCAUCUGGGACGCCGAGACGCUGACCCCGCGCAAGCUGUUUACGCGCCAUCGAGACGCCGUUCUCUCGCUGUCGUUUAGGCGAGGCACCGAGCAGCUCUUCUCGGGAGGAGCGGACCGCGCAGUCAUCGUCUGGAGCGCGCCCGAAUCUGCAUACAUUGAGACGCUGGUCGGACACCAGGACGCAGUCGUUGGGAUAGCCGGAGGCGUCGAGGUCAACCAGGAGACGUGUGUCAGCGUGGGAGCGCGUGACCGCACGGCGAGAUUGUGGAAGGUCGUCGAGGAGAACCAGCUGGUCUUCCACGGCGGCGGCACAGCGAGGCAGAAGGGACUGGAGAAGCUGCGCAAGGGCCGCUUUGGCAAGGACGUGUCCUAUCUCGACGAGAAAGAUGCGGACAGGCAGGCCAACGGCGACGGCGACGGCGACGGCGACGGCGACGACGACACACCCAUUGCCUACGCCGAGGGCUCGAUCGACUGCGUUGCCCUUCUCGACGCCAGUCUCUUCGUCACAGCAUCUGACAGCGGCUCGCUGUCACUGUGGUCUGUUCAGAGGAAAAAGCCGCUCUUCACCCGCCCACUGACCCACGGCCGAGACCCAGCACUGCCCGCAGAGGACAUGUCGGCCAACGCCGAUGCGGCUGCCUCGGGGAAGAAGGGACCACGCCUCCCCAGAUACGUCACUGCGCUCGCGACGGUACCGUACGCGGAUCUCAUCCUCACAGCAAGCUGGGACGGCUGGAUACGGGCAUGGCGGGUGGGCGCCGACAAGCGUUCCAUUGAGCCAGUGGGGAAGGUUGGCCGGGUGCCGGAAGAGGAGGGCGAGGACGGCAUCCUCAUCCGCGGCAUAGUGAACGGUCUGUCGGUGCAGGAGAGGGGCGACAGAGGCAAGGCCGGUCUGUGUGUAGUCGCCGCAGUCGGCAGAGAGCCCAGACUCGCCCGAUGGAUGUCAGGCAAGGCCAAGAACGGCAUCUACGUGUUCGAGGUGCCGCGGAAGGCUCUGCACCAGAACGAGGACGCGGACGCGGACGAGGACGAGGAGUAGAGCGGCGAAAGCAGCUUUCCUCGAGGACGAGGAGCUUGCAUUGGAGCGGAGUCUUGCGUCUAGAUACCAAUACCAUUCCGGCAUCUGUUCUGACACUCUACUUGGGUGUUCUGACACUCUACUUGGGUAUUCUGACGCGUCUUGGCUCUGUGCUUUUCCAUUUCUCACCUCAACGCUACAUCGCCGAGACUGUCGUUGGGCGACACGUGAGAGCGCGAUCUGGCGGUCUGUGACUAUGUUCUAGCGCGAUCUGGCAGUCUGUGUCUAUGUUUAAGCGUGAUCUGGUGGUCUAUAACUGUGUUCAAGCGUCGUCUGUUGGUCUAUAACUAUGUUUAAGCGUCAUCUGGUAGUCUACAACUAUGUUCAAGCGCGAUCUGGUGGUCUAUAACCAUGU